AUGGAAAUGACAGGGUUAAAUGUAUUCUAAGAUUAGAUUCUUGAAUGUGCUUGUAUAUUGACUGAUUUUAAAUUAUAAACAAUAAUUAAGGGACCACAUCUUAUUAUUCAUGCAGAUAAAUAAAUUUUAGAUGGAAUGGAUUAGUGGUGUACUAAUACUCAUAAAGCCUCAGGAUUAUAUGAAGAAUCCUUGAAAUCUACUGUAACAAUACAGUAAGCAGAGCAAUAAAUACUCUAAUUUUUAAAUUAAAAUAAUAUACCUCCAAAAGUAUUACCUUUGGCAGGAAAUUCAGUUUAUAUGGAUCGUUUGUUUGUAAUGAAGUAUAUGCCUGAAUUGGAUUAAUUCUUGCAUUAUCGAAUUGUAGAUGUUUCUUCUAUACAAUUGUUAUGUAAAAAGUUGAAUCCAUAUGUUUGUAAUCACUAACCAUAAAAGAAAUUGAAUCAUCGAGCAUUUGAUGAUAUUUUAGAAAGUAUUGAGGAAUUAAGAUACUAUUAAAAAAAAUUUUUGAUAUGCUAACAACUUUGA